AAUGUGAUUGACUACCUUUAAAGAAGUAAGUCGAGUGACCUCCCUUUUCCAACUAAUACACAGGUUAACAACUGGCAAAUAUAAAACCCCGGCAGGAGUAUUUUACUGAUUCUUCGGAAAUGCCAUCCCAUCCCCAUUGUCACUGGCGGAGUGCACAAGACUGGAAGACACUUGGCCUGGAAUUUUCCUCUCCCAGCGAUGAAGCAUGUAAGAUGUAUGACGCGUGUCUCACACAGUAUGUGAACUAUCAUGACGACACAAACUUGGGUGGAACGGAUGGAUGCAUCAGCAAAAUGUUCCAAGCAGACCCAGAUUUUUUAAUGGGGCAUGUCUUCAAGCUGGGAACCAAAUUUCAGUUUGUCCAUAAGAAUUAUGCGCAUGCGCAGGAAGUAUACAAGAUGGCUGAAAUGGCAAAGAAACCGCACGUAAAACCAUGGGAAAGAAAGCAUGCGGAAGCCGUGCAAUAUCUGUCAGAAGGAAAAAUAGACAACGCUUGUGAGAAGUGGGAAGAUAUUUUAGUAGAAUAUCCCAUGGAUAUGUUAUCUCUAAAAUUUCUCCACGAUAUGUAUAUUUUCAAUGGUCUGUCACGGGGACUUAGGGACAGCUGCGCUAGAGUACUGCCCUACUGGAAACCUGAUACACCUUUUUAUGGCAAUCUGUUGGGAAUGUAUGCCUUUGGAUUAGAGGAGACAUACAUGUAUUCUGAAGCUGAAAAAACAGCAAGAAAGGCAUUGGCCAUCAACCGUUAUGAUUCCUGGGCAGUACAUUGCGUUGCACAUUGUAAAGAAAUGACUGGGAAGGUUAAAGAAGGGAUAGAAUUCAUGACCGCAACUGAAAACAACUGGAACGAUACUAUACUUCGAUGUCAUAAUUAUUGGCACUGGGCGCUUUAUUAUUAUGAGAAUGGCGACUUUGAAUCAGCAGUUGGUCUACUAGACAACUAUAUCAUGCCCCAUAUGAAAAGUAAGAAAACAAUAUUUAAUGUAACUGAUGCGGCCUCAUUGUGUUACAGAUUAGAAGCUGAAGGCUAUGAUUUGGGAUCUAGGUGGUCUGACUGCUUCGAAAUUGCCAAAGAACAUAUUGAAGACAACGUAUGGUCAUAUUAUGAUAUAUGCAGCAUGUUGGUGUGCCUGGGAUCAAAUCAUAAAGAAGAGAGCGACCGUCUCUUGACUAGCGUAAAGUCAUCUAUAAAGGCUGGUAUUGGUGAUAUUGCAAAGAUCUACUCUGACGUCACUCUUCCAAUCAUUGAGGCUAUAAAAGCGUAUGAUGAUCAGGAGUAUGACACUGCUGUUGAGAUCAUGAAACCACAAAAGUACCAGUUGUAUAGAAUAGGAGGGAGUCGUGCCCAGAAUGAAUUUUUGAACAUUUUCACUAUCCAUGCUGCGGCGAGGUCGAAACUACCACAGAAUCAAAAAUACGCAAGUCAUCUGCUGAUGGAGAUGAAAUGUCAAAAAGAGUCGUCACCAUUGCCUGACAGGCUCCUGCAGAACCUGAUUAUCAGUCAUUAACUAGUAUGUGAUCAUAGGACGCUGUCCUGCAAAAUCUUCACAUCAGUCAUAUAGAAUGUAUAUGUUUUUGAAAGACAGUAGUUUCUUCAGCGUUUCGUCAUCGAACAUACUAUUUCUGCCUAAACUGAUCAUCAACUCGUUUCUAUCCUCCACUAGGUAACAAUGAUACCGGAAAUCUCCUACAUAAACUGGAUAUCAGCAGUUAAUCGGUGAACUUUACAUAUCUAAUUGUUUCUUCAACUAGUCUAUUACGCUUUUUGGACAUCAUUCAGAAACUGGAUAUCAACCGUUAGACAGUGAACGUAUCUAAUGCAUGCAACUGGGCACAGUAGUUAGGCAUUAACCAUAAUUAUGAUAAUAUGUUUCUUUCAGAAAAUUGUUUGUGGCAUCCGUGGCCCAGUGAUUAAGGUCGCUGACGUUGAACCACUUUCCCCUCAGCGAUGUGGGUUCGAGCCUCGCCUGGGGCGUUGAAAUCUCCAUCCGAGGAAGCCAUCCAGCUGGCAUGCGGAAGGCUGUUUGUUCUACCAAGGUGAGAGCCCGUGAGCCUGAAAACUGACAUAUGAACUAUUAUUGCAUACUGGUUUCUAUUUCCCCGUUAAGUUACAAUGGUAGCGGAAACGUCAAUAUUUUUCCAUACACUGGUGCCAGGAUUUCAUAUCGGAUGCGUCACGUAAUUUGAUGUGUGUCGUUGCAUUAAAUCUUUUACUUAGUUCAGUAUUGUCAAUCUAUUCAGGCUAUUGAACAAAUUCAUAAUAUUUACAGAGUCAUUAUAUUUAUACGUGCAGAUAUGUAUGUAGCAAAAAGAUUAUCUUUGCAUCGGGAAAUAUGCACUCGUUCUUUAGCGGAAGAAUAUUGCGCUUCUAAAGUCGAGCAGUAUUUCCGCUGCAGAUCUCGUGCAUAUUUUCCGAUACAAAGCUAUUAACCUUUAAUUAUUGUGUCGAUGUGAAAACAAAAAAAAAUCAGAAACUUGAUAUCAACGUUUAGUCUGUGAACACGUUAUGUUUGAUGCUCAAUUCAGUCGUUUGACUGUCAGUAUAUUUUGUUAUAGUAUGUAAUUUUUACUGAUUCGGAAAGAAGAAUUCGAAAUUUUGUUUUAGUGUUUAUAUGUAAUUGUAUGGAAUAAUUUCUAUCAGAUCCUUAAUUUAUUCUUCUCUGCUUUGUUGUUUAGAAACAGUACACCAGAUUUACUGUAAUGUCUCUUUUAUGUAAGUUUUAGAAAGUUUGGAAACAAAGUAACAAACGUUACAACGGCUGUUGUAAAUCUCACAUCAUGUGACAUCGAAACAGUAGUGCUGCUUUGUAUCAAGUGUUGGAUAUAUUUCAUUUCACUCAUUUUAUUUUAUUUAAUAUUGUUCACGGAAGAGUGACGUUUUUCAGAUAUGCUGUCGUAUUGAGUGCGAUGAUAAAGAUGUAACUAUUUAUGGAAAAGUCGCGCACACUUUAUGAUAAAACGUAACAAGACAAUAUUCACCUAUUAAAUGUGAAAGACAACGGAAAUUCCAUAUUUUUGAAAUUUCGGUGUCCAAGUUAAAAACAAUUUUUCGAAUGACGCCAUUUUAUUUUGUUUUAUUUUUCUGAAUGACGUCAGAUUGCUCCUGCUAUAUUUUGUAAAAGGCCAUCCUUGAUAAUUAUUAUUACACCAAUGUUCUUUAUAUGAAAAUAACGGCUUUUUUCUUUCAAUUUAAUGUAUAUAGUGAAUGUAAACAAAUACCUUUAAAAGCUUAGAACGCCUUUGUGUUUAAUAUGACUGCCACAUUUUAUUAUGAACAUGAAAUAUUAUAGUUCAUUGUAAAAUCCUAUUUCCGAUAAGUAUUUCUUUAGAUAUGUGCCAAAGGUUUAAUUAUUGAUUAACUUUGUACAAAGUCUUUUUGAACCCAUUGUUACUGAAUACCUCUCUUUAUGGCUGUAACUGCAGUAUUAAAAGAAGUGAUUUUCUA